AUGAUUAAACGUUUUAUUCGUUCCUUUCUUGAAAUGUUAAACAAUACUUCAAUUGAAUCAACCAAUGCCUUAAGAAAACGCUCAGCAGAAGAAACGGCAAAUUCAGUCAUAAAUGGCCCCACUUCUCCUAAAAUUCAGAGGAAACCUAAAAAGGUUAAAUAUGCAAUGUUGUUGGCAUAUCAAGGACAAAAUUAUUUUGGAAUGCAGUUUCAAAGAAACCCAAAAUUCCCAACCAUCGAAAACCACUUAUUCAACGCUAUGGAAGCCCACGGAUUUAUAACAAAAGAGCAUUAUGUUAAUUUGAUGGAUUGGCAUUUUCAACGAGCUGCUAGAACUGACCGUUCUGUUAGUGCUGUUGGACAGGUCUGUUCUAUGCAUUUACCAAUGGAUCAAAAUUUUAUUGAUAAUGGACCGGCUCUUUUAAAUACUUCUCUUCCAGAAGAUAUUCACGUUUUUGCUGUUAGACGAGUGACGCCUUCUUUCCACGCUCAAAAAUCUUGUGAUUCUCGUACCUAUUCGUAUACUCUUCCAACAUUUUCCUUUGCUUCUAUGGAUGAGGUAACAUCUGAUGAAUACAGAAUUUCCCCAAAACGUAUUGAAGAAUUAAAUGAAUUACUUGGGUGUUAUGUUGGAUCACACAACUUUUUUAAUUACACUUCUGGAUUCCUCUGUUAG